AUUCAGGAAAACAUUACAACAAACCCAAAGUUAUUUACCAAAGAUUUCUUAGACUAGAAGGAAAGAUCUAUCAUAAGAGCUAGCAAGACUAAGUGAAGAAGAACAAAACACAAAAAUGCCCAUUUUCAGCUUUCUCUCAUUCUUGACAUGCUUCAUUGGGUGUCAAGAUCAAGCUGGGAUCUCAGGCCAGGGAACCAGAAUCUGGAAUCUCAGUGACAGACCGAUCGAGCUGCAAGUAAGGGUCGGGUCAAUCUUGAAGAAAGCCCACACCUUGAAGCCCGGCUCGUCCAAGAGGCUCAAGUUCAGGAACAUCUAUAAGAGCUUCAUGCCUGGAAAAGGGAAAGGGAGUAAUAAGAAUGGUAAUAAUGACAUUAAUGGAAUGAAGACUCUUCUUUAUUACUAUGAUGAGACUUGCCACCCUUACAUCUGGGUACAAGAUAGCUCUGUGGGCUACCAUUUUUCAAAGGUGGUGAAACAACAGUAUAUAAGUCUUGAGGAUCUUAGGGUUUGCUCAGAGAUCAGAAUCUUUAGGGAUUAUGAAAGAGGCUGCAUUGCUGUCCGCAAGAAGCUUCGGAGCGACUACUUAUGCUGAGAAGAUUAGCAUCGCCCCUGAGCAAGGAUGACACACAUAAAACGAGAAAUGGUACAAAUGAUGAACUACUAUUAUAUCCAGGAAUGAAGUGGAUUUCUUGAUUUCUUCUUCCAAGAUGUUACCUAGGUUUUAAUUUUGAGAUUGAGUUUUUUUAAAACAAUCAUAAUUUAGAGUUUUGGUGAUUAAUUCUGUGUGUGUGAUAUUGGGAAAGCAGUAGGUAUCAAGAAAAUUUCUAAUCUUUAAUUACACUUUGUUAAUUUUAUUUUAUUUCUAAGGACUAAGGGUGUAACUUUUUCUUUUUAUGGAAUUAUUUGCAUUUGAUUGGCGAUGUACUAUCAUGACUAAAGGGAUUGAAUUCUUUAGUGUAAUGUUUCGUUCAAACUUCCG